AUGAUCUUUGGUGCAGUCAAGCGUGCUGGAGUUAGGGCAUUGGUAUCCAAAGGCUGGGGUGGUCUUGGUGGACAUGAAGUUCCGGAUGGGGUAUUUUUACUCGGCAAUGUUCCACAUGACUGGCUCUUUCAAUACGUAUCAUGUGUGGUUCAUCACGGCGGCGCAGGCACAGCAGCGAUUGGAAUUGCCAUGGGGAAACCGACCGUCGUUGUCCCGUUUUUUGGAGAUCAAGCAUUUUGGGGUGCAAUGAUCCACAAAGCUGGGGCUGGGCCUGAGCCAGUGCCUUAUAAGAUGCUGACAGAAGAAUUGCUUGCCAAUAGUAUCACCACUGCUCUUGGGCCUGACAUUCAAAGUGCGGUAAAGAGUAUGGCGGCGAAGAUUGCGGAUGAAAAUGGCUCGGCCAAUGCAGCAUCUUCUUUCCAGCAAGCCGUCAAUAUGGACUCGAUGCGAUGCUUCAUUUGCCCAGAGAGAUUGGCCGUGUGGCGUAUCAGAAAGACUGAUAUUAGGUUGAGUACAUUGGCAGCUUCAAUCCUGGUUGAUGAGCAAUUGAUACAUUGGCCUCAGUUGAAACUUGUUCGGCAUCGAGACUGGUAUGUCGACGAAGGCCCAUCUGGUCCCAUUUCGGGUGCGAUUGCAACUGCUUCCUCAGUAGCUACCAACACGAUAUCACUAGUCGUAGAAUACUCUCGAAACUUCUCCAAGUCGAUCAAAAAGCCAGCGCCCAAAGAUGAUGACACUUCAUCUUCAGAUUCUCCGCCAAUAAAACCUUCACCCAGCUGGGACAUUCCACAUACCCGUAACCCGGUGCAAGCAGCAGUAGACUUCCCACCAGAACGUAUCGAGGCAGUGGCCUACAAAAUUGCCACAAAAGCGUUCCCGGUGCCUCGGGGAUCUAAAAAGAAGAGCGAUAAUUUAGGGCUGACCAAAACGACGAUGUCCCUGCAUUCAAAGGCAACAAAAAAGGCAGUGGAACAUGGACGUACUUACAAUGCAGCUCACGAGACAGAGCAUUUUGCUGUCUCAAUGGCGGCCACGGGUCUAAGAGUACCUGUGGCACUUUUUUACAACCUGGCGAACGGCUUCCACAAUGCACCGUUAUAUUUUUUCCACGAUGACACUGUAAGAAAGCGCGACAAAAUCACUGGAUUUGGGAGUGGCGUCAGGGUCGCCGGGAAGGAAUUCACGCUCGGAAUGUUUGAUGGGGUCACGGGCAUAUUAACACUUCCCUACCGUGGGGCCAAGAAAGAAGGAGUGACUGGCUUCUGCACCGGGGUUGGGAAAGGGGCUGGAGCUCUCAUUUUCAAGACUUCCGCAGGUUACACGCUCAAGGGCCUGGAGAAGCAAUUCCUUAAACGAUAUAAUCGAGAUCUGAAAGCGAGAUUGAUCACGGUCAGGCUAAGACAAGGCAUUGCGGAGUUUGAGCAGGCGAGCAAGGAGAAGAAGGAGGACGUCACGAGGAGGUGGAAGGAGAUUAGUGCUGUCCUGAUGUAG